UGAUGAGCUAGCUUAUGUAGUUUUCACCACCAUUCUUCUUCUCUGGCUCCUCACACCUCAAUGCUGUAUUUCUUCUCCUUUUAUCCCCAUAUCUCCACACAACACAUCUCUCUCUCUCUCUCUCUCCCUCUCCCUCUCUCUCUCUCUAAUUUGGUGCACAAACCAAGAACAAAAAGCCUAGUUUCUCUGAGGGUUUGGCUUUUUUGCUCCCCUCCUCUUUCGUCAAAACACACCUGAAUUCUCUCCAACCCUUCCUUAAGCUUUGUCUCCUCUCUCUCCCCCAUCACUCCCUCAUCGAUUUGCAGCUUCCUGCAACACAAUCUGUUACAGGCGCUUGAUUUACUUGCGAAAGCUUGAAGAUUUUAGGGUGUCCUGACAAACCCAAAUAGCAUCAGCUCGCAGGUUUGAAAAUAACGAGUAAUUUCCUCCUCUGUGUUGCAUUUCGGAUGCCGGAUUCAAUUGGGUAUUUGAAAUCGGUAGACUUUGAUUGCUGUAUAUUGUGAACCUUUAAUUCUCUUUGGUAUAUAUACAAUUCGUUUCUUUGUCUGGGCAUUAGGGUUUUUGAGGUGGAACAGUUUUGGUUUUUGGGUUUGUUGUGUUCCUUUUUACUGGUUCUAGAACUUGGGAUUUGAGCUUAAAGGUUACAUGUUUAUGGGUCUGUGCGUUGUUCUUCAGUGGUAAUAAGAUUUGGGUAUUGUGAAGUUGAAUGGUUUUGGACUAUCGGUUUCUGGGUCAUCUGUAUAUUGAUUAAGAUAUGAGUCGUAGGGUCCGGCGGAAGGUGGCUAGGAAGGGGAAGGAGAAGGUGGUUUUGCCUAGUUAUCCAGAAAUUGAAGAUGAAGUUUCAUAUCCAAUGCAAAAUGGGCUUGUUGAUUGGACUGGUUUGCCAGAUGAUACUGUCAUUCAGUUGUUUUCGUGUUUGAAUUAUCGUGACCGGGCAAGCUUAUCAUCAACUUGCAAGACAUGGAGGGUUCUUGGAAUUUCGCCGUGUUUGUGGACCUCUUUGGAUCUUCGUGCACACAAAUGCAAUGAUACCAUGGCAUCUUCACUUGCUUCAAGAUGUGUAAAUCUUCAGAAGCUUAGGUUUCGCGGGGCAGAAUCUGCUGAUGCAAUAUUGCAUCUCCGGGCAAAGAAUUUAAGUGAAAUAAGUGGUGAUUACUGUAGAAAAAUAACUGAUGCUACCCUAUCUGUGAUCGUGGCUCGGCAUGAGUCACUUGAAAGCCUCCAGCUUGGGCCAGAUUUCUGUGAAAGGAUCAGCAGUGAUGCUAUAAAAGCAAUAGCUCUUUGCUGUCCUAAAUUGAAAAAGCUUCGACUUUCCGGAAUUAGGGAUGUGCAAGCUGAUGCUAUUAAUGCUUUAUCUAAGCAUUGUCCAAAUUUGACUGAUAUCGGGUUCAUAGACUGUCUGAACAUUGAUGAGAUGGCACUGGGAAAUGUUUUUUCAGUUUGUUUCCUCUCUGUUGCUGGGACCUCCACCAUGAAAUGGGGCGUGGUUUCACAUCUUUGGCAUAAGUUGCCUAACUUGAUUGGGUUAGAUGUUUCAAGAACUGAUAUUGGUUCUGCUGCUGUUUCACGGUUGUUAUCAUCAUCACACAGCUUGAAGGUUUUAUGUGCCUUAAAUUGUCCCGUGCUUGAAGAAGACAGCAACUUUGCUCCUCGUAAAUAUAAAAAUAAAAUGUUACUUGCCCUUUUUACAGAUAUUAUGAAAGAAAUAGCGUUUUUAUUAGUCGACAUUAUGAAGAAAGGAAAGAACGUGCUUCUGGAUUGGAGGAAUUCAAAGAAGGAUAAAAACUUGAACGACAUUAUGACUUGGAUUGAAUGGAUUCUCUCUCAUUCUCUUUUGCGGAUUGCUGAGAGCAAUCAACAAGGUUUAGAUGUUUUUUGGCUCAAGCAAGGUGCAUCUUUGUUGCUCAAUUUAAUGCAGAGCUCACAAGAGGAUGUUCAAGAAAGGGCAGCUACAGGACUUGCAACUUUUGUUGUUAUUGAUGAUGAAAAUGCUAGCAUAGAUUGUGGGAGGGCUGAAGCUGUUAUGCGAGAUGGGGGCAUACGUCUUCUCUUAAACCUAGCAAAAUCUUGGCGAGAAGGGCUCCAAUCCGAGGCUGCAAAGGCUAUAGCAAACUUGUCUGUGAAUGCCAAUGUUGCUAAAGCUGUUGCUGAGGAAGGGGGGAUCAAUAUUCUCGCUGGUUUGGCAAGGUCUAUGAACAGGCUGGUUGCUGAAGAGGCGGCUGGAGGACUAUGGAAUCUUUCUGUUGGAGAAGAGCACAAGGGUGCCAUUGCUGAGGCCGGUGGAGUGAAAGCCCUAGUUGAUCUUAUUUUUAAAUGGUCAUCUGGUGGUGAUGGAGUUCUGGAACGGGCGGCUGGUGCACUAGCAAAUUUGGCUGCUGAUGACAAGUGUAGCACAGAGGUUGCAUUGGCAGGUGGUGUGCAUGCUUUAGUGAUGCUUGCUCGUAACUGCAAGUUUGAGGGGGUGCAAGAGCAGGCUGCCCGUGCCUUGGCAAAUUUGGCUGCUCAUGGAGACAGUAAUAGUAACAAUGCAGCAGUUGGACAAGAGGCAGGUGCUCUUGAUGCUCUUGUUCAGCUUACACAAUCUCCUCAUGAAGGUGUCAGGCAAGAGGCGGCUGGUGCAUUGUGGAAUCUAUCAUUUGAUGACAGAAAUCGAGAAGCAAUUGCUGCAGCCGGCGGCGUUGAGGCCUUGGUUGCUCUCGCACAAGGCUGCUCAAAUGCCUCCCCAGGUCUUCAAGAAAGGGCUGCUGGUGCUCUUUGGGGAUUGUCGGUAUCAGAAGCCAAUAGCAUUGCCAUUGGACGGGAAGGAGGUGUUGUGCCUUUGAUUGCGUUGGCACGCUCUGAAGCUGCAGGUGAUGGCGGCGUGGCGACGGUGCUGCUCCAAGCGGCGGCUGUGUUCGCUGUUCUGGGCUUCUGGCGCGCGGGAGAAGAAGCAAGAAGGCAAAGAAGGCAGAGGCAGACAAAGGCGAUCGAAGGAUGUCCAUGAAACAGCUGCUGGUGCUCUGUGGAAUCUUGCUUUUAACCCUGGCAAUGCUCUCCGCAUUGUGGAGGAAGGAGGUGUCCCUGCACUUGUUCAUCUUUGUUCUUCAUCAGUGUCAAAAAUGGCUCGCUUCAUGGC